AAAACGUAGAAACGCACUGAGAUCCCAGCUUGACUCUUUUGGCCAUUGUGUAUGUUCUGUUGCCGAAACUGUAACCACUGACUCGUGGAGCACAGGCAGUAUCACCCUGAUGUCUUGAAAGGGAGUUGGCGAAAUGGCUUCGAAUAGCUUUUCAGAUUUGACGGAACGCACUGACCUUCGGUCUCGUCAGACGGAGGCCAUCAAGCGGAUGAUAAAUUUCAAUGCUCCGUUAAAGUCAACGACUGCCGAAGAGCCUGCAUGGAAGGUCCUUGUGUACGACAAGUAUGGACAGGAUAUCAUUUCGCCAGUGUUGUCCGUACCCGAGCUGCGUGACCGAGGAGUGACUCUGCACCUCCAGCUUCACAGCAAACGUGACCAAGUUGCGGAUGUCCCUGCAGUUUAUUUUGUGCUCCCCACUGCCGAGAACAUCGCUCGUAUUUGUCAGGAUAUUCGCAGUGAAAUGUAUGAGUCGUAUUACUUCAAUUUCGUCACGGCUGUCCCACGGCAGAGACUGGAGGAGAUUGCCACAGCUGCCAUCGAGUCCGAUGCUGUUGCCUCAAUUUCCAAGAUCGUUGACCAGUAUCAGAGCUUCUUGAGCUUGGAGGACGAUAUGUUUGUGGUGCGGCAGCACGACCUGGAGCCCCUGUCCUAUUACGGAAUCAAUCGCUCUGAUGCGCAGGACACCGACAUGCAGGUUAUGCGUGACACCAUUGUGGAGUCUCUAUUCGCGCUCUUCGUUACGCUAGGUACUGUACCAGUGAUUCGGUGUCCACGCGGCAAUGCAGCGGAGAUGAUUGCAGAGGCUCUGGACAAGAAACUGCGCGAGAACCUGCGUGAUACGCGCAACAGUCUAUUUACCGGUGAUACUGCUGCUGGGCAAUUCAGUUUUCAGAGGCCAUUGCUGAUUCUGCUGGACCGCUCCCUUGACCUGGCCACACCACUGCACCAUUCUUGGACGUAUCAAGCUCUCAUACAUGACCUGAUGGAACUCUCAUUGAACCGUGUCACCGUAAGAAAUUCUGGGCCAGAGGCCACAACAGCUGGAGCUGCUGCAAGUAGUGGCAAGGCGUAUGACCUGAGCAGUACUGAUCAGUUCUGGCAGCAGCACAGAGGCAGUGCUUUUCCGACCGUGGCCGAUUCCGUUCAAGCUGAGCUCAAGGAGUACCAGGCAGCUGGUGACAGAGUCAAAGAUCUGAAAGUGGCUACGGACGAAGAAGACUCCGAUGGCAGCGCUCUGAUGCAGAAUACACAAAAGCUGUCGUCUGCACUCGGGUCUGUACCGGAACUGUUGGAGAAGAAGAAGGCACUGGACAUGCACACCAAUCUCGCCUCGGCCCUUCUGGAGCAAAUCAAGGACCGAAAGUUGGACAUGUUCUUCGACGCCGAAGAGAAAAUCUUGUCCAAGUCUACUUUGGAUCGUCCUGUGUUGGAGAUCAUCCAGGACCCACAAGCUGGCACGGCCCUGGACAAACUUCGCCUGUUUCUCAUCUGCUAUCUCAUGAGCUCAUCCAUGACCGAUGCAGACCUUAGUCAGCAUGUGGAGGCACUGGAAGCGGCCGGAGCAGAUGUUGCCGCCGUCUCUUAUUUGAAGAAGUGGAAGGCAUUCUCCCAGAUGGCUGCUCCGGCAAGUCGAGCUGUUUCAUCAGUAGCAAGCAGCAGUUUCUCGCUGAAGUCCAUGAUCAAAGGCGUAAAGGAUCUUGUGGUGACAGAUAAGAACUUGCCAGUCACCCGCGUCGUAGAAUCCCUCAUGGAUAUGAGCCACUCUACGGAAAUUGAAGAUUAUCGCUACCUGGAUCCCAAAGUACUCAGACAAGCUGACAGUGCACCUAAAUCCCGCGCACCGUUCAGAGAGGCUGUUGUGUUUGUUGUUGGCGGCGGCAACUAUAUUGAGUACCAGAAUUUGCAAGAUUUUUGCAAGAGGUCGAACGGCAGCAAGCAUAUCUCAUACGGCACAAGUGAACUUGUCAAUGCCCAGCGAUUUGUUGACCAGCUCGCUCGGCUGGUGUAGUGGCGUUGAGUGGAAGGAGUUAGAUACCACUCCAGUGUGCCGUGUCCAUUAUCAAGCUGCCCUAUCAUCUUCCUUCGCUACUCGCCCACUCUCUCCCACCACAUUGCUAUUUGUACAGAAUUCCGCAGAGACCCCCCCCCCCCCCCCCCGCCAUCAUUAUGCCUGUUUUGUAUUUAAAAAAUCCCCUGUUGAAGCACUAAAAUUAUUGCACUAGUUUUUUUGUACAGCAAAUUUCACCUAUUCCUUUAUUUUUAUGUUUUAGAAUAUUCAAUUGUGUUUCUUAAAAGCAUUGUGUGUUUGCAUGUAACAUGGAAAAUAGAUUUUGAAACUGUAAACAGUAGUAGUAUGAAGUGAGAAAAGUAGCUUCUGAAUAUUUUGGAAAAUG